AUGCUAAUUUACAAGAUAUCAAACCUAAGGAACCAAUCGCAAUAUGCAAUACCUCUCAUAUUGUAUGCACACACAAAAACUUGCCCAGCUAAUUUCAAACCAACAAAAAAACCCGUUUGCCCCGCGCCAGGAUCUAAAACUCCUGGUGCUUCAAGCACUUCUUCAGGAGGCACCGGCUUGAAACGUGGAGAUCCAGGUAAAGUCCGCCUUGGAUUCAUUCCUGAAGAAUGGUUCACCUUCUUUCACAACAAAACUGGCGUAACUGGACCUUACUUAUUUUGGAUACUAUUAGCAAAUUACUUAUUCAGCAAAGAAAUAUUCGUAAUGGAACAUGAGUAUUACGUCGGUCUAUCCAUAUUUGUUAUUCUUUAUACCGGAACCAAAAAAUUAGGCCCAAGUGCUGCAAAAUACUUCGAUGAACAGGUGGACGCUGUUGCUAACGGACUUGAGCAGAGUAGAAAAGAUAUGAUGGCUUUAUAUGAAACAACAAUCAAGGAUGCGAAGGAUAUGCAAACAAGAGCGAAUGGACAGAAAAUGUUAAUGGAAGCAAAGAAGGAGAACGUAGCGAUGCAACUGGAAGCAGCUUACCGAGAGAGACUGAUGCAAGUUUAUAACACAGUUAAAGGGCGUAUGGAAUACCAUGUGAAGCGCAAUAGAGUUGAGAAUCGAAUUCACCAGAAAUGGAUGAUCGAUUGGAUUUUAUCCAAUGUCAGAAAAUCAAUAACCCCGGAGUUUGAGAAACAGGCUCUCAACAGAGCUAUAGAAGAUUUAGGAGCUUUGGCUGGAAAGGCGUAA